AUGACAAGCGCUGGUACAUCAAACGACACAAGUCAACACAACAGGACAUCAGUUCCAGUGCGUGUGGGUAACAUCAAACAACACAAAUGGAAGAGCUAUCUUACUGUACAUAAGAGAAUUCAUACUGGAGAGCAACCCUUUGAGUGUAAUCAGUGUGGGAAAGCCUUCAGGCAAAGUUCUCAUCUUACUGUACAUCAGGUAACUCAUACUGGAGAGAAGCCCUUUGAAUGUCACCAGUGUGGGAAAUUCUUUAGUCUCAGUGAGCAGCUUAUUGAACACAAGAGAAUUCAUACUGGGGAGAAACCCUUUGAAUGUAAUCAAUGUGGGAAAGCCUUCAGCCAAAUUUCUCACCUUACUGUACAUCAAAGAAUUCAUACUGGAGAGAAACCCUUUAAAUGUCAUCAAUGUGGGAAAUCUUUUAGUGAUAGUGGGCGGCUUAGUACACAUAAAAAAAUUCAUACUGGAGAGAAACCCUUUGAAUGUAACCAAUGUGGGAAAGCUUUUAGCCGAAGUUCUAACCUUAGUGUACAUCAAAGAAUUCAUACUGGAGAGAAACCUUUUGAAUGUCAUAAAUGUAAUAAAACCUUUAGCCAGAGCAGGUCCCUUACAGAACAUCAGAGAAUUCAUACUGGAGAGAAACCCUAUGAAUGUAAUGAAUGUGGGAAAACCUUCUGCCGUAGUGGGCAGCUUACUUUGCAUAAGAGAGUUCAUACUGGGGAAAAACCUUUUGUAUGUCUUGAAUGUGGAAAGUCUUUCAGCCAUAGUUGGAUGCUUAGUGCCCAUAAGAAAACACAUGCUGGAGAAAAACCCUUUAAAUGUCUUGAAUGUGGGAAAUCCUUUACUUGGAGUGGAUCACUUACUGAACAUAAGAGAGUACAUACAGGAGAGAAACCCUUUGAAUGCCAUGAAUGUGGGAAAGCCUUUAGCCGUAGUGGGCAGCUUACUACACAUAAGAGAAUUCAUACUGGAGAGAAACCUUUUGAAUGUAAUGAAUGUGGAAAAGCCUUUAGCUGCAAUUUUUACCUUACUGUACACCAGAAAAUUCAUAGUGGAGAGAAACCCUUUGUAUGUAAUGAUUGUGGGAAAUCAUUUAGCUGGAACAAAUCCCUUACUCUACAUAAGAGAAUUCAUACUGGAGAGAAACCUUUUGAAUGUAAUGAAUGUGGGGAAUCUUUUACCUGGAAGGGACAGCUCACUGAACAUAAGAGAAUUCAUACUGGAGCAAAGAAACCUUUUGAAUGUAAUCAAUGUGGAAAAGCCUUCAGGCAAAAUUCUCACCUUACUGUACAUCAGAUAAUUCAUACUGGAGAGAAACCCUUUGAAUGUCAUCAAUGUGGGAAAUCCUUCAGGCAGAGUUCUCAACUUACUCGACAUGAGAAAAUCCACACUAGACAGAAAACUUUAGAAUAUGUCUAA